AUGACCCACGAUGAACCGUUUAGAGUUGUUAUCAUUGGAGGUAGUGUGGCCGGUCUAGUGUUGGGGAAUAUGCUGCAGCUGAAUGGCAUCGAUUUUGUCAUUCUGGAAGCAUACCCAAAUAUAGCCCCUCAAGUUGGGGCUAGUAUUGGACUGCUGCCAAACGGCAAUCGAAUUCUUGACCAAUUGGGAUUAUUUGACACAAUUUUGGGUCUGGCACCGCCUGUUGAGAGAUUUAACUUCCGCAAUAGUAAGGGAGAGAGACUAGCAGGGCACUCGGGAAUGAGACACUCCUUCGUCCAGAGACAUGGAUAUCCUAUCCUGUUCCUCGAUCGACAAGCGGUACUACAGGUUCUGUAUGAUAAUAUCAAGGACAAGUCCAAGGUUUUGACUGAGAAGCGUCUGACGAAAAUUGAUAUGAGCGAAAAGGGCGUCAAAGUUACAACGACCGAUGGAUCCGAGUUCACAGGAGAUGUAGUGGUUGGUGGUGAUGGCAUCCAUAGCAAGACGCGAUCUGAGAUGUGGCGGUUGGCGGAAGAGAAGAGCCCGGGUUAUAUACCUGCCGGGGAACAUAACGCCCCCCCCUGCGAUUACAGUUGCAUCUUCGGCAUAUCACACCCGAUCGAGGGACUUGAACCUGGAAACCUGCAUUCAGUUUUUCGAGAGAAAAAUUGUUAUCUCAUUAACGGCGGACCGGAAGGACGUGUCUACUGGUUCUACUUUUUCAAGCACCCACAAACGCUUUAUGGAUCCGAUAUUCCUCGUUAUACCAAAGAGGACGAGGCUAAAGUGCUGAAGGAACAUGAAAAUGACCCAAUCACACCAGAGAUCAGCUUCAAGGUCCUUCAAGAAAGAACGAUUUCUUCAACAUUGACGGCACUACCAGAGUAUGUCUAUAAGAAAUGGUACUUUGAGAGAAUCGUCACGAUUGGAGAUUCUGCACACAAAUUUAAUCCAAUUGGAGGUCAUGGAGGGAAUUCGGCAUUCGAGACUUCCGCAGCAUUUGUUAACUCCUUGGUAAAACUUUUGAAGAUAUCUCCCAAGCCAACGACUUUAGAAAUAACAAAUCUGUUUCAAGACUUGCAGGAACUGCGCGAGAGUCGAGCCAUAACCCUGAAAGACGCAUCUCACGAACAACAACGCACAGAAGCCAUGGAAGACCCGUUGCACAAAUUCAUAGCUUUGACUUUGCUGCCAAUGACAGACACAGAAGAUGUCAUGUUCAACUUCUCCGGGAACCAGCCAUAUGCUGAAAAAUUGGACAUGGUAGAGCUUCCACCGCGCCCGAAGUUAAUUCCGUAUAAGGAUGAGCUCGCGAAGUCUCCAUCAUUGAGAGGUCCGCUAGGAUGGUUGCAAAUGUUAUUCUACAUUGGCCUUGCUGUAUCUGCCUACUAUGGCAUGUGGGUUCGUUCCAAGAACGAGGGCCUUGCGGUCCAAUUCGCAACUGUUUUGCGAAGCCCGAGACUUGCAGCCGAAAAUGAUAAUAGCCUCGGCCCGUUGAGUGUAUAUUUCUAUGGUAUGCUGAUUCAGCCAAUGUCAGUCUGGUUGAUCGAGGCUUGCCGCAAGCGUAAUGAUAUGAACCUCGUAGCUAUACCAACAGUGUGGUUCGCACUAUCUCAAUGGCUUGGGUUUGGAGUCGUCAUGCCGGUGUUUUAUACCGCAUACACUAUGUUCUCCAACGCCGAGCCAUACUGGUGGCCACUAUCGCGUUUAGUACCAGCUCAUUACGUUAAAGUAAUUCUGCUCUCCGUUAUUGUUGGCUAUAUCCUUCCGACAAUUCUAAUGUGCGUGCCUUGGGAGAGCCAGGCUACCGCUCAUACUUUUGAGGCAGUAUGGUGGGCUUCGCCUAUGAUUGCAUCAUUCCUAACUUUUGUUGUUGGAAAGAUUUUGAAGAAAGUUAUUCCUCCACCAAUUGGGACACCUAACGCAGUAGAUGAACCAAAGGAUCUCCCAUAUCUCAAGAGUAUCUACCUCACUACAUUUGCUCUAGGCGUAGCGCUUCACAUCACAGUCCUCUCAUGCAUCUUAUUUUCUAGCAACCCAGAUGUAUCUCUUAGCUCGGUGUUCAUUCCCAAUGCUACUGCUGGGCUCCGAAAUUACUUUUUGGUUGAGUUUUGGAGUUUGUAUAUUGCAUCGUUUGCGUGGAGCUGCAAUGCAGUUUGGGAUAUCAAGCGUGUCGGUAGAACAACUAUUGAUGUGGGAAAAGCUGCUGUGCUUUUGCUUUUUGCUAAUCUGGUUGUUGGACCGGGAGCUGCGUUAGUGGGCUGUUGGUAUUGGAGAGAAAUGCAAAUGGCUCGCACCAACGUUCCAGCGAAGAAGUAA